ACAGUAAAAGCUAAAAAACAGAAAAUCAUUUCCAACAUUACGAAAGGAAAAUCGAACACCAGUCUCCCCUGGAGCGUCUUCUCGCAGCAAUCUCUCUCGCGCCUUUUUGUCUCUCUGGAGUUGGUACCAUGACCGAAGAACAACGGUCACUCCUCCUCAAAUCCUCUUCUCGUUUCCCACCCCCACAAGGAGUGAAGCUCUCCUAUGGCACUGCUGGGUUCAGAGCGGACGCGUCGAUUCUAGAAUCCACGGUGUACAGAGUUGGGAUAUUGGCGGCUCUGAGGUCGCUCAAGACCAAAUCGGUGAUUGGGUUGAUGAUCACUGCUUCCCACAACAAGGUCUCUGACAAUGGAGUGAAAAUCGCGGACCCCAGUGGUGGGAUGCUGACCCAAAACUGGGAGCCUUUCGCCGAUGCCCUCGCUAAUGCCUCUGACCCUGGAGAUCUUGUUCGGUUGAUAAUUGAAUUUGUAAAGAAGGAAAACAUCCCUUUUGAAGGAGUGUGUCCAGCUGAAGUUUUGUUGGGGAGGGACACAAGGCCCAGUGGCGGAUCUCUCCUUGAAGCUGCAAAACAGGGAGUCAGUUCGAUUGUUGGAGCAAUUGCCCUUGACAUGGGGGUUUUAACAACUCCGCAACUACAUUGGAUGGUUCGGGCUAGGAAUAAGAGCAUGAAAGCUUCUGAAGUUGACUACUUUGAACAGAUCUCAAGCUCCUUCAGGUGCUUGAUGGAUUUGAUCCCCGAAGGAAGUAAGAUCAAUGAGAUGGAUGACAAAUUGAUUGUGGAUGGGGCUAAUGGUGUGGGUGGAGAAAAACUAGCAGGUCUAAAGAAAAUGUUCAACAGUCUGGUUAUUGAUGUUCGUAAUUCUGGAAAAGAGGGAGGUGUACUUAAUGAAGGAGUUGGUGCUGAUUAUGUGCAGAAAGAGAAGGUUGUUCCCUGUGGUUUUGGACCCAGUGAUGUUGGUUUAAGGUGUGCAAGCUUGGAUGGAGAUGCUGAUCGUCUUGUAUAUUUCCUUGUGCUACCAAAAGACAACAACAUUGAUCUUGUUGAUGGGGACAAGAUAUUGUCUCUAUUUGCCCUUUUCAUGAAGGAACAACUAGCUAUUCUCAACACCAACGGGAAUGAAAAAAUAAAUAACUAUUAUCAUGCACGUCUUGGUGUUGUGCAGACAGCUUAUGCAAAUGGGGCAUCCACAGAUUACCUCAAAAAGCAGAGCCUAGAAGUUUUGUUUACUCCAACAGGAGUGAAGUAUUUGCAUGAGAAAGCUGCUGAGUUUGACAUUGGGAUAUAUUUUGAGGCAAAUGGACAUGGAACCAUCUUGUUCUCAGAAGAAUUUUUGUGUUGGUUGGAGGCUAGAGAUAAUGAACUUUCUUCCAUGUCUAAAGGUUCUGAACAGAAAAAGGCAGCUUUGACACUAUUGGCAGUCAGCAAGUUGAUCAAUCAAGCAGUGGGAGAUGCUUUAAGUGGGUUGCUUUUGGUAGAGGCUAUCUUGCGACAUAUGGGUUGGUCCAUCCAUAGAUGGAAUGCACUUUACCAGGAUCUACCCAGUAGGCAACUUAAGGUUAAAGUUGUAGACAGAACUGCUGUUGUUACAGCAAAUGCAGAAACUGUGGUUGUGAAGCCCCCUGGCCUUCAAGAAGCCAUCAAUGCUGAAAUUGCAAAAUACCCUCAAGGCCGAUCUUUUGUACGACCAUCAGGCACAGAGGAUAUAAUACGUGUAUAUGCUGAGGCAUCAACACAGGAUGCUGCAGACAGCCUUGGAAAUUCGGUGGCACGACUAGUGGAUAAGUUCCUUGGAUUCAGCAGCUCUUCAUAAUCACUUACCCUCAGGAUGACAAGUUCAAGGCAGUAUGCGCGAGCCACUUGAUUUAUGAGCCACUUGAAAGGAGCUGAUUUUUCAUUUCAUUAAAUCUUGUGGCAUGAGUGAUGAAAAUGAUACUUUUAUUCUUCAGUGUAGCAUGGGUUGAUGUUGUAGAUUUAAUUGGGCACCUUUUGAGAGCUCUCAGAACAACAAAAUAAGAAGUCUGCGUAAAGCAACUGUAAAGUAAUGUUGGUAUUUAUGGUCAAAAGCAUCAUAGAUGAAUGCUGGUAUGAUGUGGCUUUGGUGUUGAAACAAGCAUGGCAAGAAACCAAUUCAGAUUAA